AUGAAUGGAUAUCAUUCGUUUUCUCCACUUAUUAACUUAGGUCACCAUCAAUUGACCAACCAGUCAACAAUUCCUUUAUACGAGCUUGCUCGAGCAACCAUGAAGUUCAAAAAGUUGUUCAAAGGGAAGAAGCCCUCAACUUCAGAAGUUGGAGAUAUUGUUCUCAAAGCCAACAGCACCCAAAGCGUGACCAUUCAUCCCCAAUAUACCCCAAAUUCCCCAGAAUCUAUUUCCACUGCUGAUGAGUUUGAAUUUGAAACUCAUUCUCAGAUCGAAUCCAGUUCUUCACUUGAAGAAAUUUCUGAUGAGGAAUUUAUAGGCCAAGGAUUUGAGCUAGUCACCAAGAAAAAUGAUUUCCAAUAUUCAAUCAAACCAUCUCUAAAAAUUGAUACCACGGUGGCCGAGACUUUUGCAAAAAACCUUGAACACGAAAAGUCUCUUGAUCACCAUGAUUAUUCAUUCAAGAAAUUUGAAGCUUCUAACGACAAUUUUGUCUCCAUUGGUAUCAAAAUGACUCCAAGUACAAAAGUAGCAUUUUUUGAACCUACCAAGACAUUUGAUAAGUCUGGCACAAGAAAUUCCCACAGAUUUUCUAACAUCAACCCAAAUUACAAAAUCCAAAGAUUGCCAAUAGAAACUAUUGAGUUGUUGACUAACACGUUCAACGAAUACAUUGAAAAUGAUGUAUAUGAAUACAAAUCCUUGGAUCCCCAAUCCAAAUUUGUAUACUUGAUGGAAAGAAGAAACAUUUAUGAUGAAAAUUUUGCAAGUCUUGACAUUAACGAUGCAGACUACAGCUCCGAAAUUCUUCAAGUAUGA